CUACGAAGCGGGCGAGGCAGCAGCUGCUGCGACGGCGGCUGGAGGCAGGUGGACGCUCGCCUCUGGAGCCGCCCGUCGUCCUUCACACGGCCUGCGCCCAUCUCGAAGGAGGAAUCCGAGGAGGCCAACUCCCGCGGCGGCAAACUGCCGUACAAUGGCUACUCGGACGAGUUCCUCGACCGUCUCGAGCCCAACGGCAAUAUCCCCGCCGACAAGGACCUGCGAGGAUAUGGUCUGAGGUCGACGUCAGGCGGAGCUAUGUCAGACUGGGAUGGCCUGGGCGACCGCGACCGAGUGACGCGGCAGCUGUCCGUGUCGAGCGACUCCAAGCUCCUGGACGAGGACAUCCGCGAGGAGGCGAGAGUCAUCCUGCGGCCCAAGAAGCCGCCGCGGCCCAAGUCCGAGGUCUUCCUCAACAAGGAGGGCCAGCGCCGCACCAAACGCUACUCCGCCUUCGGGGGUGAUUCGCCUUUUGGCAAGUCAGAGGCGUAUAUUAAACUGGAACAGCUGGGAGAGGGAUCAUAUGCGACUGUCUUCAAAGGUUACAGCAACCUGACGAACCAAGUUGUGGCCUUAAAGGAGAUCAGAUUACAAGAGCAGGAAGGUGCCCCUUUCACAGCCAUACGAGAGGCAUCUCUGCUUAAGGAGUUGAAGCACUGCAAUAUAGUAACAUUGCACGAUAUUGUGCACACGCGGGAGACACUUACAUUUGUUUUUGAAUAUGUGCACACUGACCUCUCUCAGUACAUGGAGAAGCAUAGUGGUGGGCUGGAACCACGUAAUGUGCGACUGUUCCUUUUUCAACUACUUCGUGGCCUGGCUUACUGCCAUCGCCGUCGUGUCCUGCACCGUGAUGUCAAACCUCAAAAUCUACUCAUCAGUGAGAUAGGAGAGCUCAAAUUAGCCGACUUUGGCCUUGCCCGUGCAAAAUCAGUGCCCUCACACACCUACUCCCAUGAAGUAGUCACUCUGUGGUAUCGCCCACCAGAUGUGUUGCUUGGCAGUACAGAGUAUUCCACCUCAUUAGAUAUGUGGGGUGUUGGAUGUAUAUUUGUUGAAAUGAUCACAGGUGUACCUACGUUCCCGGGAGUUCGGGAUACGUAUGACCAGCUGGAUAAAAUUUUCAAGGUGCUUGGCACACCAACAGAAGAGACGUGGGAAGGAGUUACUCGCUUGCCUGGCUAUAAGCCACACAAGCUGGGGUUCUAUCGUGGUCAGAAACUUGGCUUGACCUUUCCAAGGCUCUAUGAUAUAAUGGAAGGCGAGAAUAUGGCAUCUGCACUCUUACAGCUCAACCCAGACAACAGGAUAGGUGCAGAAGAUGCACUGAGGCAUCGUUACUUUGCCUCACUUCCUCGGAAGCUGUAUGAAUUACCAGAUGAAAACUCCAUCUUUAGUGUAGAGGGAGUCUACCUGUUUCCUGAAGGACGGUCUUGUUCUGUGAAGACCUGAGGUUCGUGGGAAUUUGCCAUAUAUUCACCACCAUCAUGAAAAAUGUGGCUGAUGGUUGUACUGAAGCUUAUUUAUGGCCAUAAAAUUGCCUUGGUGUGUGUGAGAGAGACAGACAAAAAAAGUGACUUGAUUGGCUGUAACUUGUUGACACCAUCAAUAUUUUUGUUUAUUUCGGAUGGAACAGCUCAGGGACGAUUGUUAUGACUGUUGAGAUUUUGACGUUAUGAACAUUGCUUGCUCAAAUCACAUUUGCUUACAUCUACUGAGAGUACAAUAAAAGUGUUCUCAGCACAUGUGUGAUCUGUCUUUAAUGCAGUUUUGUAAUAGCCAAGGCAAUAUGUACCAGACGGAACAUUUUUUUCUAAAUAGGUACAAUGUUGUGUUUCAGAACUGCCCUUUAUGAUUGCAGUACUUUACAACUCGAAUUUUAAUAGUGAAGAUGAAAAUUUCCCCAAUGAGUGAAAAAUUAGUAGAAUGAAAUUAAAAAAAGUACUUUUAAUGGUGAAAUUUAAGCGGAGAGGAUAAAGUAGCAGUGCAUUAGCAAAUCUAUUCUAAUGGCUUUCAUCGAAGAAAACAUUCUCACUUGUUGCCAUAAAUUUUGCACGGCUCUGCACGUUCAUUCCUUCCAGAGUGCUCAAUUAUUAUUGUUGAUCUACUUAUUCAGGCUGUUUAGCAAGAUGAUAUGUAUUGAUUUGUAAAUAAAAGUUAAUGUGAAGACA